AUGAUUCAAGUAGGACGAUUUUUUGGUUAUGGAAAUAAUGGAGGGCUCGCUAGCGAGCCCUCUUUUAAGUACCGAUUUGCUGGAUCAAAUUUGGGAGUUUCCUCGAGGAAACUCCCUUUACUGAAACUUUUCGUUUCAGUAGUUCUCAUACACCUGUGGUUCACCACACCGAAUUCACGAUUCGGUGUAUAUGCACUCACCGAGGUUGGAUGUUUCAGUUCGCUUCCCUCGUCAUUUGGUGACGGUAGCACUUAUGAAUUUCAGUCUAGUGCGCAUUGUGCUUCAGAAUGUUCCGGAUCACAGUAUAUGGCUUUAUACAACCAUGACGAAUGUUUCUGUGGUGACGAUGAUCCUUCAGGAUCCAGUUCCACGUCCAGCAGUUGUAACGCGUAUUGUUACGGUUACGGCUCUGAAAUGUGCGGUGGUGAAAACGCUUAUCUGGUGUACGCAUUGAGUGAUAGCACUUCUUCGGGAGGUUCGAGUUCAAGUUCGAGUUCAAGUUCGAGUUCAAGUUCAAGUUCAAGUUCCAGUACCAGUUCUAGUUCCAAUUCAGGUACUACGACGACACUGGCCGGUACUUCAAGUGCGGAUAGUAGUACACAAGCGUCCAUUACAAGUAGUCCCUCUUCAGCAACGGACGGUAGCAAUUCGUCUGGGGACGAUGAACCAAGUGUCGUAUAUUCCACAUCCAUUAAAACCGUAAGUGGAUCAGUACAAUACGUGACGACAAACAUCGUGACAGCAAGUUCGACUUCGGGAUCCUCAAGCUCAAACAACAACAGCAAUUCCUCCUCAUCGAAAAAGACACAAGUUGGGCCCAUCGUAGGCGGUGUCGUUGGAGGUGUCGUGGGUCUGGUUUUGGUAGUCUUGGCUGUCAUUUUAAUACUAAGACAUAUCUCAAGAAGAAGAGAGGACGAACGUAUGGAAAAGGAAUACCAAGAGGCUAUCAAACCGGUGGACUACGAUGAACAUAGAGAUAACUACUUUACUUCCUCUGCUUCAGAUUACAUGCACCCUGGAGACAGCGAUGGAAGUGGGAAUGGACAUGGACUCGAUACUAGUAUCGCUACAGCAACAGCAGCGGGAGCUGCUGGUGCUGCAGGAGGACUGGGAUCCGGGUUGGGACGAACGCCAUCUUCUGGAAUACCGUUAUCAGAAUCCCAAGGAACUGUGUCUAACCCAUUCGCCGACUCGAAAAGAACCAGUAACGGUUCACUUUUCGAUUCACCCGACCUGCAUCAUGAACAACAGAAUAAACUUACCGUUGUUAACCCGGAUGAAUAG